CUCUCUCUUUCUUUCUCUCUCACUCUCUUUCAUUGAGGUCUAUAAAAAGGCUUGGGCUACACAACCGUGUUGCCAUACCAACGUCUAAAGCCUUAUCUACUACUUCGGCAACCUUGAAAACUCAUUCAAUAGAGAGCUUCUCGUUCCUCUCCAACUUCAGUCACCAAGGUUCUCCAUGUCUCACUACAAGGGGUCCGAGAGAGUACUAGAAGAGCCUGCUUACUCAACGAAGGUUGGAGAUACGGUGACGAUCAAACCCCAAGCACUAGAUAUCAUCUGGGGUAAAGACAACCGCUAUUGGCGAGUGACUCAAGAUGAGGCUGAGCUGCUGCAAGUUUGCUGGCUAGAAGUUACUGGCUCCUACCCCUUCAAUAGACUGACAAAGGGUGCUACCUACAAGGUGACGUUCAAUGUGAAGACGAAACCGGAUGCGUUCGGGUGGAGCGACAGUCCGGUCUACCUGAUGGUCAAGGUCGACGGUAAGUACACCUGGAAGAAGGCCGACCUGAGCCAGCUGAAGAACAACAUGGAAACCAACAUCCCAGCUGGUACCACCCUCACGUUCACGGUCCCUGCUAACGCAAAGGAUCAAGACAACCUUACCUUUGGAUUAUACGAGAUAUGGCGAGGGCGAUGGAAGGGAGGCCUGGUCAUCAAGCAUGUCACUAUUGAGCGUUCUAAUUAAUGCUGGGCGGCUGGGCCAUAAAACUUCGUACUCCUUAGUCUAUUUAACGCUCUAAAGUUUAUCAUUUCCAUUUGGUGUUCAAUGGUCAGGAUAAAUCAAGUAAACUCGGUAUUAAAAUUUCACUAUCGUGUAUGCUAAAAUAAAGUGGUCCUACAUUCUACUAGUUCUUCGUGAUGUAAUUCUCUCUACAGCAAUAUGCGAAUUAAAGUACCUAAGAAGGCUUGGUAUGCU